GGUGGAUGGGAGGUUGUCGGGUUAGGGAGUCAUUUAGCGUGCACAUGCGCAUCUGAGUGUAUGCUCGUGUACCACAUCCGUGCAGCGGUCGGAGGAGAACUUCAGAUCCACCGGAACUGAAGCUACGGAUGGUUGUGAGCCAACCCAUACAGGUGUUGCGAAGCAAACCACGGUCCUCCCCAAGAGCAGUGCCUGCUCGUAAUUGCUCAGUGGCCUCCCCGCUUCUCAUUGAGAAUCAUGAUAGAUGGACUGCGGCUCUACAUGCGGCUCAGCGGAACUCCAUCCAUGACCACAGCCGCCUCUCCCUCACGUAUGCUUGGUGCGGAAGCAGCCAGCACGGCUCUCAGCAGAACACCGCAUGCUGGGGGUACACCUCAGUGGCUUCUCAGCCCUCACCAGUCCCCUAAUCCAGCUCUCAACAGUGGGGAAGACACCCCCAGGACUGCUGGUAUGACCAGCAACUUAAAGCUCACUUACAAGUCAUUACUCAGUCCUGACACCGUGACAGCCCCGAUGUCCAAGUUUGUCAUGAAGGUUGAGACCAAUCCUCCUACUGUCUUGGUCUACAUGUCCACCACCGAGUGCAUUCCGGUCUCUGGCUUCUCAAUCAUCACCUCGCACCCCACCACGACCUGUGUAACCAUGACCUAUGUACCCUUCACCAAUUCUUACACCACCACUCCCAGGACUGACACAUCAGUGACAGCCAUCACUACUACAUCACCUACCGUCUCUGUGGGAAAAGUGACCUCAUCCAUGACCUCUGCUUCCACUGUCACCGACAUGGGUGGCACACCCACAAUAACGUCACCACCUCCUUCUUCUGUCUCAACCAUACACACAACCCAAGGUGCUCUGACUUCUUCUACCACGGGGACCACAGGAAUGACCACCAUGACCCCAACAGGUAUUCAUACAACAUGGCUGACUUAUCAGUCUGCUACCGUUCCUCCUCAAAUUCCCACGAAAACCUCUUUAACGACCGUAACGGAUAACACUGCCCCACCCAGCACCACAGGCAUUAUUACCAAACCAUUUCCUACAGCAAGCAGUUCGCUCAAAACAGAAACUUCCUCCACCCGUUCCCUGGGUUCCACCAAUAAAUCAACACUGAUUACUUCUGUUGCUAAGGAAAGAACCAGUCAUUCAGGUGAGCCAUCUGUGGGGGUGACAAUAAUGAGCUCUGGGAAAACCACACAUAAGCCCAUGAGCAACACUCCCAGAGAGGUUGUCAGCACAGCUUCUUCUUACCCACCCACACCUACGACAUCAUCUGCCAACACGGUGACGAUUUCCGCAUCCAACAUGGCUACCUCAAUGACCACCAGCCAUGUGAUAUCACCACCAAGUAUGUUUCUGCCAUCUGCUUCUUCUGAUAUUGACUCGACCUCCAAAACACCCACACCUGGGACGACCUCAAUUUCCAGUUCCUCAGGACUUGUGGAGACUUCCAGAGCCACAGACAUACGGUCUUCCCAUGGUCCAGACAUCCCUACCACAGUAUCAGCAGCUACCAGCCACCUGCCUGUAGACACGACAGGUUUCGUGGCUACAAUGACGAGUCUCGGGUCAGCAACAACAGCCUCCUAUGGGACACUCACAUCUGAAACCUUGCCACCUAGGGAAGACACCCAGACCCCUACGAGGACAAGUCUCACCACAUCAUCUGUGGACAACACUGUUCCGUGGGGCACCACAACAGACUUCACCUCGGCCCAGGACGCUCCCAGCACGCUGGUAACACACACCAAUUUCAUUCCAUCUUCCUCCACAUCAGAGAUCACUAGUACACUUCUUAACAAAUCUCAGCCCUCCACUUCCAGUGCGCUGCCUACGCUUUUGAGUACUGGAAGUUCUGGAAACACAAGUACCCUUAAUACAAGUGUUCCAGUCACAUCCACACUCUCUCCAUCCAUCCUUCCCGGCAGCUCUGGGACCCCACAGAUGGACAGUGUCCCCUCACCUCCCACCAUCACCCAGACACUGCCCUCCACACCUGAGUCCACCCAGACGCCCACAGCCCUCACAACACUCACAGCCCCCACACCCUCAGGGCCUCCUCCUCCUACCUCAGCGGUGACUGGGACAGAUCACUCCCCCUUCCCCAGCCACGCUGCCACAUUUCCUGGAGACACCACACUGGAUCCCACCACAGACCUUCCUACGGAUUCUCUCCAGACAGAACUCACCACGACCCCUCCGACCCCUUCUUUAGUUGACUCUAUAGACCUGUGGCUUUCUGAGCGAUCCAGCCCGCCCUCUCCCCUGGGCACUAAUGUGAUCACGUCGCCCACAGGUAGCAUGCUUUCCUCUUCUCCUGCCCCAGACACACAAUCUGUCACCACUGGCAUGGUAUACACCACCCCUUUCGCUACCUUAACAACAAUGCUCCCAAUUACCAGUGCCGUGUCUACAGCAGUGUCCCAGGUCAACUCCCCUAGCUUUCCAAACACCACUGUUGGACACAGCACAUCAGAUACCACCUCUCCUACAACCACCACACGCACACUGACCCCUGACACCCCUGUCACACCCACCACGUGGCCCACCACAGAAACAUCCGGAACGGCUACCACACGCUCUGUCACCACAGCCACCCCGACAACUUUGCACAGCACUCCUGGCCUCACAACCUCAGACAGUUACUCUACGCACAGGACGUCCACAGCUACCUCUGCCUCACAUCCCAACACCCCUGGUACUCUAGAGACACUCACAUCUAUAGCCUCAUCGUCUCCUAGUGUAAGUCUCUCCACAGUCACAGCCACAGACCUCCCUUCCUCAUCCACAGGAAACAGUGGUUCACCUAUUGUGAUACACACCUCACCCCACACGCAUUCCAGUAUAUCCACAACCCACACCAGUAUCACCCCAUCUUCCCUUCUUGUCAAUAGCACAGCAAUAACAACACCGGUGAGUACCCCCGAGACCGACACACCGAGUACAGCAGCUGCUUUUGGAAGCACUGAAAACACCCAACCACAUUCUCUCCCCGUCAGCAUGCCUGCCCUAACACUCUCCACAUCGAUGGCUGUCAGUUUGGGGAACACACAGACAGAAAGUACAGCUCUGAGCAACCCCCAUACACUGCGCACAACAACAGAAUGGCUUCCAACACCCACAAGCACCCCAUCUACAGAGCCUCUUUUAACCACUGCCCGCCUGACUCCCACCACAGACCUCCUUACAGAAUCUCUCAGGACGGAAAUCACAGCCACGUCCCAGAUCACGUCUCCACUCACACCCUCCGAUCCACCAGUGAGCACCAAGGUGGAUACUUCACCUACUACCACUGCUCUGUCCUCUGUGUCUAUCUCAAGCAUGCAUCCGGUUACCACAGACAUCACACACAGUGCCCUGUCAUCCACCUUGGAGACGGCAUUCCCAGCUUCCAGUGCCUUGUCCACAGGUACAUCUCAGGCCACCGACUUCAGCUCUUCAACCAAUGCCAUGACGGCGUUGACAUCGGAGAUCUCCUCUCCACCCUCCUUCACAGACACGCUGGCCCCUGACACUUCUUUCACAUCUACCUGGCCUUUGCUACCCACCUCAGAAAUAGCCAGGACGUCUACCACACAUUUUGUCACCACGACCACCCAGACCCUAUCUCUUGUCACUUCCGGCCUCACAACCUUCAACAUCUACUCCACAGAUAGGAUCUCCACAACUCCUACCACUUCUGGUGUGAGGGACACAGGUGCACCUACAGCUUCACCUACCAUGGACGUCUCCACCAUUCCAGCUACAUCUCUCAUUACAUCCUCUACAAGCGACGCUGUCCCACUGGUCACAACAGACAUCCCCCCAACCCAUGAAGGUUCUAUCACGUCAACAGCCCACACCACACAUGUCCCUUUUCUUUCAAGCUCCCAGAACUUGGAAACAACACCAUUUAUCACUUCAACACCUCCGGCACCCAGUAGGACAGCUACACCCUCAGGCACUGGAAACAACUCGAGUCCAUUUGCCACAAACCUUCCAGUCACAUCUGCAUCUUCGUUGUCCCUCUCUACUGGCAGAACAGGAACCAGCCAGACAGGUAGUACACCCUCAUCUUCAACCUUCCCCCAUUCUCUUGACACAACAGUUGACUCCACCCCAACACCCACGACCACCAACACAUUCACAAAAGCCACAACCAUCAAACAACCUCCUAGUAACCCACCAGUGACUAGCGUCUUCUUCACCACCAUUAUGACACCCACUAGAAAAGCCACAAUGACUUCCCCCACAGACCUUUCCACCUGGUCUCUGAUGUCAGAAGUGGCAUCCACAACGUCCAGCAGCUCUUCCUUAGCCCCAUCAGAUACAUUGACUUCUGGGAAAUUCAAGACCUCCACCUCACCACACACAAGUGGGGUCCCAUCCUCGACAUUUGUCCCAAACUCACAACCAAUCACUGCAGACAGCACACAUACUCUCCCACUGUCAACCUUGGUGACAACACUCCCAACUACCAAUGCGACAUCUCUAACCACACCUCUAAUCUCUUUCCCCAGCUCUCCAACUAGGUCAGUUACAGAAUCCGUACCCCAUUACACAUCUCCUUCCUACACCACGGACACCACUGACAGCUCUUCAACCACCAGGCCCUCUCAGCUCACUUCUGUGACAGAGGAGACGGUUACCACACACACGGCUACCCAGGCCACCUCCCUCAGACUUUCCACCUUUACAAACGUAGAGAGCUACGUGACUGACAGCACAUCUGCGGUCUCCUCCUUACCUAGCACACACCCCCUCACCGCCACAGCCUCAUCUCCCACCCCCACAUCCAUCACGGCUGAGCCAUUGGUUACGACAGGAGGCGCUCACACCCUCAGAGCCUCCAGCACUCCACUAACCCACGGCCUUUCUUCCUCCAUGCACUCCAGCACGGAAACACAACUCGUGAGCACACAACACACCCCGUCCACCAGUACAACAGAUAAUCCCUCAAAUACAGGAAACCCCAGCAGUCAGCCUGUUACAAGGACUCCAGGGAUAACUGCAUUCUCCUCCUCCAUCUCUGCCAGCAGUGCUCUGACUUCCACAGCAAACGGGGUUCUGCCCUCUGUGUCUGACUCAAGCACAAAACUAGUCACAGCUGGCCCCACACACAGGACACCAAUAUCGGCCUUGGAGACCACACUCCCAGUUACACAAGCGACAUCUGCAGCUACACCUGAGGUGACCUCCUCCAACUCUAGACUUCCCUUCCUCCCUCGGCUGUGA